AAUAUUGAUGCUAUAGAUGAACUUCCAACAAAUUACUUGAAACUUGUUUACGAGACUAUCUUAAAUAUUCACAACCAAGUCAAGGAUAAGGUGGAAAAGGAAGGGAGAUCCUAUGCCGUUUCCUACACUAUAAAUGAGUUCAAGAAAUUAGCAGAAGCCUGUUUUGUUGAGCGACGUUGGGUGCAUAGAAGUUAUGUGCCAACAUUUGAUGAGUAUAUGGACACUGCAUAUCAAUGGCUGAUCAAUACUGAUAACAAACUUCACAAAGCCGUGAACAAAAUUGCUCGUCUCUAUGAUGAUAUCGCAACUAAUGAGGAUGAAGAAAAGAGGGGACUGGUUUGUGGAACCAGUUGUUACAUGAAACAAUAUGGUGUUACAAGACAGGAAGCGGUCGAAGCUUACAGGGAAAUGAUUGAGGUUGCUUGGAAAGACAUGAACGAAGGUUGUCUUAAACCAAUGCCUGUCUCAAACAAAAUUGCGGUGCGAGCUCCUAACGUUGCACGUUUAGUGUUGGUUCUUUACAAGAAAGACGAUGGAUUCACAAGGCCUGAACUAUCUUUGAAAGAUGCCAUCGCCAAACUGCUCAUUCAUCCCAUACCCCUUUGCCAUUAAAUCAAGCCUAACAACAGCUUCUCAGAGAAACUCAAACUCGGAUUGGUUGUAUGCCAUUAGCAGUGUUCCUUAUAUUUUUAAUUUACUCCACUCUACAUCAAUUGUUUGCAUUCGGAUUCUUGGAAUAUUAAUCAUAUAUAUAUAAUUAUGAAAAUAUGUAAAACUAAAAUAGCUUGCAUUAAUCUAAGCUGAUUUAUUUUCUUUGAUUUAAAUAA